GACACGGCCAGAGCACUGAGAGAUAUCAGGUAUUGAUGUAACUGGAGUGAAUAAGGGAACCUUCUUCCUGAGCACAGACAUUGGAGCCUGUUAUCAGCAUGAACUCAUAUGUGUUAGACAAACAUGUCAAUAGUUCAUAUCCAUCCUUCACUACAAGAAGCAUCAGAAUGAUACCGCAAACUCCAAAAGUCUUAGACACUGACGACUAUUCACAAACACUAGGGAUAUCACAGCAGAUAUUUCAAGAAGAUGGUGAAUUGGCAGGAACUGGGCAGCAAUCAUUAUGUACAGAGAGUAAUUUAGUCAUCAAACAAGAGGACACAAUGUAUGCCAUAUCUAGUGAAAUUAUUAUCCCAGAGGAUAAACCACAAAUAUUUACUGAGUUUUCAAAACAUAUUAAAGAAGAGAAAAGUCUACAGUCUAGCCAAAUGAUUCAUAUAAAGGAGGAACCUUUCAAAUCUACAGAAUGUGAAAAAAACUUUAGAGGAAAGUCUCAUCUACUAGAACACCACACAAUUUACACAGGUGAGAAGCCACACAAAUGUACUCAGUGUGGCAAAUGUUUUACACGAAUGAAUCGUCUGAAAGCUCAUAAUAGAAUGAUUCACACAGGAGAAAAUCCUUUCACAUGUACAGAGUGUGGCAAAUGUUUUACACGAAUGAAUCGUCUGAAAACUCAUAAAAAGAUUCACACAGGAGAAAAGCCUUUCACAUGUACAGAGUGUGGAAAAAGUUUUAGACGAAUGGAUCAUCUGAAAACUCAUGAAAUGAUUCACACAGGAGAAAAGCCUUUCACAUGUACAGAGUGUGGAAAAAGUUUUACAGAAAUGAAUUGUCUGAAAACUCAUGAAAUGAUUCACACAGGAGAAAAGCCUUUCACAUGUACAGAGUGUGGAAAAAGUUUUACACGAAUGAAUUGUCUGAAAACUCAUGAAAGAAGUCACCUAGGGGUAAAGCCUUUCACAUGUACAGAGUGUGGAAAAAGUUUUACACGAAUGGAUUGUCUGAAAACUCAUGAAAGGACUCACACAGGGGAAAAACCUUUCACAUGUGCAGAGUGUGGAAAAAGUUUUACAGAAAAGAAUAGUCUGAAAACUCAUGAAAGGAUUCACACAGGGGAAAAGCCUUUCACAUGUACAGAGUGUGGAAAAAGUUUUACAAAAAAGAGUAAACUGAAUACUCAUGAAAGAAGUCACACAGGGGUAAAGCCUUUCACAUGUACAGAGUGUGGAAAAAGUUUUACAAAAAAGAGUAAACUGAAUACUCAUGAAAGAAGUCACACAGGGGUAAAGCCUUUCACAUGUACAGAGUGUGGAGAAAGUUUUACAGAAAAGAGAAGUCUGAAAAGUCAUGAAUGGAUUCACACAGGAGAAAAACCUUUCAGAUGUACAGAGUGUGAAAAAGGUUUUACACAACAGUCUCGUCUGAAAAUUCAUGAAAGGAUUCACACAGGAGAAAAGCCUUUCAGAUGUACAGAGUGUGGAAAAAGUUUUACACAGCAGAGUCACCUGAAAACUCAUGAAAGGAUUCACACAGGAGAAAAGCCUUUCAGAUGUACUGAGUGUGGAAAAAGUUUUACACAACAGAGUAAUCUGAAAACUCAUGAAAGGACUCACAGUGGAGAAAAGCCUUUCACAUGUACAGAGUGUGGAAAAAGUUUUAGACGAAUGGAUCAUCUGAAAACUCAUAAAAAGAUUCACACAGGAGAAAAGCCUUUCACAUGUACAGAGUGUGGAAAAUGUUUUACAAUAAUGAAUUGUCUGAAAACUCAUGAAAUGAUUCACACAGGAGAAAAGCCUUUCACAUGUACAGAGUGUGGAAAAAGUUUUGCACGAAUGGAUUGUCUGAAACUUCAUGAAAGGAGUCACACAGGGGAGAAACCUUUCACAUGUGCAGAGUGUGGAAAAAGUUUUACAGAAACGAAUAGUCUGAAAACUCAUGAAAGGAUUCACACAGGGGAAAAGCCUUUCACAUGUACAGAGUGCGGAAAAAGUUUUACAAAAAAGAGUAAACUGAAUACUCAUGAAAGAAGUCACACAGGGGUAAAGCCUUUCACAUGUACAGAGUGUGGAAAAAGUUUUAGACGAAUGGAUUGUCUGAAAAUGCAUGAAAAUACUCACACAGGAGAAAAGCCUUUCACAUGUACAGAGUGUGGAAAAAGUUUUACAAAAAAGAGUAAACUGAAUACUCAUGAAAGAAGUCACACCGGGGUAAAGCCUUUCACAUGUACAGAGUGUGGAAAAAGUUUUACAGAAAAGAGUAGUCUGAAAAGUCAUGAAUGGAUUCACACAGGAGAAAAACCUUUCAGAUGUACAGAGUGUGGAAAAGGUUUUACACAACAGAGUAGUCUGAAAACUCAUGAAAGGAUUCACACAGGAGAAAAGCCUUUCAGAUGUACAGAGUGUGGAAAAAGUUUUACAGAAAAGAGUCACCUGAAAAAACAUGAAAGGAUUCACACAGGAGAAAAGCCUUUCACAUGUACGGAGUGUGGAAAAAGUUUUACACAACAGAGUAAUCUGAAAACUCAUGAAAUGAUUCACAAGGGAAGAAACCUUUCACAUGUUUAGAAAGUGGAAAAAGGGUUUUUAUUGAAAUUGGGUAUCACAAAACACCAAAUAUUUACACACAAAUAUAUAUAUAUGUGUGUAAAUAUUUAAUUUCCCAGUUAAUGUAUAUAAAAUGUUAUGUAGCAAGAUUGAAAUAAAAUG